UCUAUCGGUGCUGAUCGAAGAACACGGCUGCAGCGAUGGCGAAUCUCGUUUCACUUGCGCUUCUUCUCGCCCUCCUCGGCGCGUUGUGCCGCCGCGGAGACGCUACCGCCUUCGAGGUCGGCGGCGACGACGGGUGGGUCGUGCCGCCGGCUAGCGACGGCGGUAGGUACAACCAGUGGGCGUCCAAGAACCGCUUCCUCGUCGGCGACAGCGUCCAUUUCAAGUACAAGAAGGACUCGGUGAUGGUGGUGACGGAGGACGACUACAACAACUGCCGCGCGGCGCACCCCAUCUUCUUCUCCAACAACGGCGACACGGAGGUGGAGCUGGACCGCCCGGGCCUCUUCUACUUCAUCAGCGGCGUGACGGGCCACUGCGAGCGCGGGCAGAGGAUGAUCGUCAAGGUCAUCGGCCAGGGCGCGCCCCCGCCGUCGCCCCUGGCGCCGCCGGCACCUCCUACCCCGCCACACCCGAGCGGCGCCGCGCCAGGCACCAGCGCGCUCGCCGGCGCCAUUGCCGCCGUGGCGAUGGCGCUGCCGGUCGUCAUGAUCGGCGUCUAAGUUUGCGAAUGCUGGCUGUGGCUGGACGGGCGUUCGUGCAUAUCUUUUUAGUUCGUCGAUAUAAUUAUCUAGUAGUACCGGUUCCCAGGUCGCGUUCCGUUCAUCUUUUUCUGAGGUGAAAUUAGUAGGCUUGUGAAUUGUGAUCGUGUGGAGCGAUUUAUAUUUGUGGCUUUUGUUGGGAUCAAAUCGUUUGAACUGUAUUUCGCGUACCCACAAGAAGAA